AUAGCGAGCGUAUACAAUGUGUAGGUUGUGCUUUUGCUGGCCAAAGUAGGGGGCAUUUUAUUAACUUAGCACUUGCAGAUUCUAGUGAUGAAUCAUCAAGUCGGAUUCGGAAAGGCAUGAACGUAUGAAAAACAGCACCUAAUUCCUUUCUUAGCGCAAUAUGUAUUUCCCGGGUCGAUGGGAGCGCCACCAAGAACGAUCCCCGAUCGCAAGCCAUCCCAGCUAUUGAUUUGUUGGAAUCCUUAUCUUCCUAGGUCGCCAGGCAAGUUUCUUAUAGAAGCCGUUCAUUCUUGGGCGACCAGGCUGUGAUAUGAGAUAUUUUAAUUACAUUCUGUACAGGGCUUUCACCAUCUCAUCUAUAUAAUUCGGAACCAAUUCGACAAAUCUGUCUCGCCGGCAUACUGAUUAGGUGGAAGAACAACAUAUAUCUGACUUUUCCCGAAUGAUAUCUCUGUAACAGCCUAUAUUAUAGAUAUUCAGCCUCAUAACACUGUCAAUUUGGCGGAUUACUUACGUCAAGGAUCAGAGGAAUGACCAAGAUAACCCGUAAAAAAGCCAUAGUCAUCGGCGCCGGCGCCGGCGGCAUCGCCACCGCAGCGCGCCUCGCUCAAUCCGGAUUCUCCGUAACUGUGGUCGAGAAGAACCCCUUCACCGGCGGACGCUGCAGCAUAAUCCAGCACGCGGGCUACCGCUUCGACCAAGGGCCCUCGCUGCUUCUCCUGCCCAAGCUCUUCCACGAAACCUUCCAUGAUUUGGACACCUCCCUCGAGAAAGAAGGCGUGGAGCUCCUCCGCUGCCCGUCAAACUACUCCGUCUGGUUCGCCGACGGCGCGCCCUUCGAACUCACCCCGGACCUGGCGCGCAUGAAGACGCAGAUCGAGCGUUAUGAAGGCGUAGACGGGUUUAAGCGGUAUCUUUCCUGGCUGCGCGAAGCGCACGACCAUUACGAGCUCAGCGUGUCGGAGGUGCUGCACCGGAACUUCACGUCGUUCUGGGACCUGCUGAGUCCCGGGUUUGUGUGGACGGGGCUGAAGAUACACCCGCUGCACAGCAUCUGGGGACGCGCGAGUAAGUAUUUCUGGACGGAGCGGUUGAGGAGAGUGUUUACGUUCGCGACUAUGUAUAUGGGGAUGUCCCCGUUCGAUGCGCCGGCUACGUAUUCCCUGCUGCAGUACUCGGAGCUCGCGGAGGGGAUUUGGUAUCCCAAGGGUGGGUUUCAUAGCGUUCUGGAGGCGCUGGUGCGGGUUGGGAGGAGGGAGGGGGUGGAGUUUCGGUUGGGUACGGCUGUGAAACGGAUUCUUACAAGUGGGGAUGGGCGGACGGCGAAGGGGGUGGAGUUGGAGUCUGGGGAGACGCUGGAUGCGGAUGUGGUGGUUGUGAAUGCGGACCUCGUCUACGCGUACUCGAAUUUGUUCCCGCAGACACCUUCCACGCAGCGGUAUGCGAAGUCCCUCCAAAAACGCGACAGCUCCUGUAGCUCGAUCUCGUUCUACUGGGCCCUAGACCGUAAGGUCCCCGAGUUACAAACCCACAACAUUUUCCUCGCAGACGAGUACCGCGAGUCCUUCGACGCUAUUUUCGAUAGAAAAGAGCUCCCAAAGGAACCGAGCUUCUACGUCAACGUCCCCAGCCGCGUAGACCCGAGCGCGGCCCCGGAGGGGUGCGACGCGAUCAUCGUGCUCGUGCCCACAGGACACCUCCUACAAUCCACAAACCCCAAAACCGGCCUCCCCCGAAACCAAGACUGGCCAGCCCUAAUCUCGCAAGCGCGCACCGCCGUCCUCUCCACCAUCUCCGCACGAACAGGUUGCGCACCACUCCAAGCCUCCAUAAUCCACGAAAGCGUCAACGACCCAUUAACCUGGGAAGCGCGGUUCAACCUAGACAAAGGAUCGAUCCUGGGUCUCGGGCACGGGUUUUUCAACGUCUUGUCAUUCCGACCUAGCACGCGGGCGCGGGGGUUGAAGAAUGCGUAUUUCGUCGGCGCGAGCACGCAUCCCGGGACUGGGGUCCCGAUUGUGCUUGCCGGGGCUAAGAUCACGGCAGAGCAGAUAUUGGGGGAUUUUGGGAUGGACGUUCCGUGGCGGGGGAGAGGGGAUGAGGGGGUGGGGAGGAAGAGAGGGGAAUUGGGGACGUUGGAUAAGAUUGAGAGGCCGUCGUCGGUUGUAUCGGUCGUGGUAGUGUGUUCGUUGUUGGUUUUGGUGUUGGCGUUGAUGUUGCGAUAUUAGAUGUCUUUGUCUUGGACAACGUUAAUAAUUUAUGUUGAAAAAUAAUUGGAUGUUCUCGUCUAUAAAGAGAUAAGGACACUUGAGGGGCUAAAGCUGAAUUAAUUUAUUCUUCUCCAA